AUGUCUCUCCCAUCCUCGCCAAACAGCCUCAAUCCGGAGUCGGGGGAGUCUUAUUACCCAUACAAUCCGAUGUCGAUGAGUGUCUCGGCAGGUGAAAUGGCAGCAUUUAACCCAGGCGCAUUUGCGCCGACUCAGAUGUCGUCUUUGACACCCAGUCAACAUGGAGGAUCAGAGGAUUUUUCGGGAAUGACUACGAUGGAAGGCACGCCAAGUUGGGAAGACUUUACCACAAUUUCUGAUCCGCAAAUGCUAGCGACGGCAAUGGCCUCUGGCAAGGGACAGAUGAUGAACAUGACUCCUCAGACCUGGGACUCUAGCGCGGUCCCAGUUGCAAUGUCUCCCAAUUCUCCAAUUUCGUGUGCGUCACCAAUGGCGGGACACAUACAGCCCAUGAAUCCGGGACCUGCUGGGUACACUGUGCAGCCUGAUGGGUCGGUUUGGACGUUACCACCACAGCCAUCAAGAGCGAUGAGCUACCCUCCACAGGAACCCGGCCCCUCGUUCUCUGCCCAUUUUCAAUCUCCCAUGGCUCCCGACCUUAAACGCAGGAUGACUACGCCUGCUCAUCCGAACGCAUCCCACGCCAAUCCUGGACCAGGGUUUAAUAUGCAAAUGCCACCGGGGGCCAUAGCCUAUUCGAAUCAGGCGAGCGGGAUGAACUUUGCACAAUGGCAGCAGAUGAAUGCCAUGUCCAGUAAUAUGGGUGCAGUUUCAUACCCAAUGUACACUGGCGAUUUGGCCCAACAACAAUACAUCCCUCACCCGAUGGGUCAUCCUGGGCAGCCGAGAACGUCUGAGCCUUAA